CUUUCAUGUGACAGAAGCAGCUUUGUCCUGUUUUCCCUUACCUAUGCCACAUGUAAUAUGACUCUUUAUCUGAACCUUCACAUUCCCUAGUUGAGAGUCAGGCUCCCAGGAGGGAUGUUGUGUUCUUGCUGGAUGGAUCUGAUGGCACUAGGAGUGGAUUCCCAGCCAUGCGUGACUUUGUUCAAAGAGUGGUGGAGACACUCAGUGUGGAUGAGAACAAAGAUCGCGUUGCGGUGGUCCAGUACAGUAGAGAUCCAGCCGCCCAAUUCUACCUGAACACAUACACAACAAAGGGAGAGAUUCUCAACACUGUAAGAGGUCUGAGACACAAAGGCGGGAGACCUCUCAACACUGGAGCAGCUCUCCAGUACGUGAGGGACAAUGUCUUUACUGCCUCCUCCGGAAGCAGACGCUUGGAAGGCGUUCCACAGCUACUGAUUCUGUUGAGUGGUGGAAGGUCCGUUGACAAUGUUGACACGCCAGCUUCUGCUCUGAAGGAGCUUGGGGUUUUGGUCUUUGGAAUUGGAACAAGGAGCUCUGAUAGCAGAGAAUUGCAGAGGAUAUCACAUGAUCCCAGUUACGCUCUGUCUGUCUCAGACUUUACUGACCUUCCGAGCAUCCAGCAGCAACUUCUGUCCUCGGUGGAGGCAGUGGUUAUUGAUGUUACUCCAGAAUCACCAACAGUUUUAGGUAUGUGUUAUCACUGUGAAUGAAGAGUCAGGAUGUGUUAACAAAAUGGCCGCUGAGUCUUAGAAACGACUAUAUCAUUUGGCCAAAAACACCACAUUUGAUCAGUUUGAUUGACAUAAUCUAUUUAUUUUCUCAGUUGAUCAUGACACCGCCAGAAAGGAUGUGGUAUUCCUUCUGGAUGGUUCUGAUGGCACAAGGAAUGGAUUCCCAGCAAUGCGUGAUUUUGUUCAGAGAGUAGUAGAGAAACUCAAUGUGGGAGGAGACAAAGACCGCGUUUCUGUGGUCCAGUACGGUAGAGAUCAAGAAGUGAAUUUCUAUCUGAACACAUACACCACGAAGGGCGACAUUCUUGACAUCGUCAGAGGUCUGAGGCACAGAGGAGGUAGACCCCUCAACACUGGGGCAGCCCUCCAGUAUGUAAGGGACAACGUCUUUACUGCCUCCUCGGGAAGCAGAAGCCAAGAGGGUGUCCCUCAGAUGCUGAUACUGCUGAGUGGCGGGAGGUCCAAUGAUAAUGUUGAUAUACCAGUUUCUGCCCUGAAAGAGAGUGGGGUCUUGAUCUUUGCCAUUGGAAACAGAAAUUCUAGCAAAGAGGUUCAAAGGAUUGCCUCUGACCCCAGUUAUUCCCAGUCUGUUUCUGAAUUCUCUGAUCUCCCCAGCGUCCAGGAUAAGUUUUUCUCCUCACUCAUUACUGUACACGUUGGCGCCACACCCAUUUCCCCAACAGUCAUAGUGGACCUAAGCAUCGCCAGAAAGGAUGUAGUAUUCUUGCUGGAUGGUUCUGAUGGCACUAGGAAUGGCUUCCCAGAAAUGCGUGACUUUGUUCAAAGAGUAGUGGAGAAACUCACUGUAGGGGAGAACAGAGAUCGAGUCUCUGUGGUACAGUAUAGCAGAGAACCAGAGGCCCACUUCUAUCUGAACACUUACACAAGAAAAGAAGAGGUUGUUGACACCGUAAGAGGGCUAAAGCACAAAGGAGGGAGACCCCUCAACACUGGAGCAGCUCUCCAGUAUGUCAGGGACUACGUCUUUACUGCCUCCUCUGGAAGUAGGCGCCUUGAAAGUGUUCCACAGAUUCUGAUACUGCUAAAUGGUGGAAGGUCCUUUGACAAUGUAGAUAAACCAGCUUCUGCUCUCAAGGAGCUCGGUGUCUUGGUGUUUGGAAUUGGAACAAGGAGCUCUGAUAGCAGAGAAUUACAGAAGAUAUCCUAUGACCCCAGUUAUGCUCUCUCCGUGUCUGAAUUUACUGACCUCCCCAACAUCCAACCGCAGCUUCUUUCUGCCAUGAACACUGCCAUUAUACAGGACACAACCAUGACACCAACACUAAUACCAACAAUAGUAGGUAAGAAAAAUAUGGUUUUGAUCUGUUCCAGUUCAUCUUUUACAUUAGGAUAGAGUAGUUGAUAGCUUAGAACACUUGUGUAGAUUCCCCUGA